UCGAAAGAAACGAGAGUUCGAGGAAACAAGUGGAUGCAGCUACCGCAAAUUGAAUGUCCAUUUUGCGCAUGUGUAUAUUCGUUGAUUCUUCUUCGUGCCAUCCGUUCCAAAACCGAUAUCUGUGUCAUUUCCAAUCAAAUUAGCGCGUUCAUCCAAACCUUUAAAACAAAGAAAUCUUAUUAUUAUUAUUAUAAUUUUUUGUUUUCAAAAGUGGGAGAAAAGCAGUGUGGACUGUUAAAGGAUAGAUGCAUGAGCCUAUUCAGAAUUCACGAUAGGAUUUUGAACUAUUUUCUUGGUGAUUGAAAGACUCGUCUUCGUUAUUCAGCCAAUUUGCACGGCCUAUCGACAUCAUUAACAAACGGAUGCGAUAACACUGGUCAUUGAUUAUUACUGUACACAUCUUUGCUCGAAUCGUGCGAGCUGGUGCUUGAUCAACGAGAAUGGAAAUGUGUUCAUAUCAACAUCCGUCAGAUGCCGAGUUAGCGUCGGUCAUCAAAAUGAAGAUGAGUUUACCGGUGGUGGUUUCGUCAUCGGCAGGUAAUUCGUCCCUACAUCAUCCUCACGGUGCGAAUAGAGCCUCGUCUAUCAUGCAAUUGGCCCAGCAACAUCUACCCAAGUCGGAUAUCGGCAAUGCCGUUGCUAAGGUUUUGCAAGGCUACGAUUGGAACCUAGUACCGUUGGCAAGCAGCAGGUCGAAUCCAGAAAAGAGGGACACUCACGUCAAACGGCCGAUGAACGCUUUCAUGGUGUGGGCGCAGGAGGCCAGGCGGCAAUUAGCCGACCAGUACCCGCAGUUGCACAAUGCCGAGUUGAGCAAAACACUCGGCCGGUUAUGGAGGGUAUUGAGCGACGACGACAAGAGGCCAUUUGUGAAACAGGCCGAACGACUGAGAGAGCUGCACAAACAAGAGCAUCCCGACUACAAGUAUCAACCAAGGCGACGCAAGAUUGCUGGCGCUAAAUCGUCGCAAAUGCCGUCGUCGAGCAGCGCCAAUUCGGUCCCUGCCGCCGUGGCCAAAACGCGUCUAAAACAUCAUCACCAUUCGUCAACAAGGAUACAAAAAGAUCGGGAUUCGCCUCGUACCGGGACCAAAUCAGUCGGCACCAAAUUACGUAAUCAUUCCCGCUCAGCGACGAAAGUAGCGACGUCGUCGUCGAAUCAGGCCUCCUCAUUCGACCGUAACGAUGGAAACGAAGUAAACAGCCAUAAAAUUAACGCAACUGGUACUCAUCUUAGCGCUUCCGUUCCUCCGCAGCCAUUAUCAGCUGGAACACCAGAACGUCGAAUUCCAUUGUCUGAAGGCCUCGUCGAGCCUAUGCACACAUUGAACAGCCAUGGAGAGGCUCCAGAUAUUGGUUGUAAAAGCUAUGCAAGUACAAAUGCAACCAACGUCUUGUGCAACGAAGCUUCGGUCGCUGCAGAUCAAGAAGAAUACAACUCUUACUAUCAGCACAGCGUCGCUAUUGGAGGUGUAGCAUCUGGAAGUGAAAUCGGGGCAUUCAACAACAACAACCCCAUCUCAUCGUACUCCCAUUCCAACUAUUCUUCUACGAUUCCGGUUACUAUUGCGUCCAAUAAUUGCAUGUACGAGCAGCAAGCCUAUCUGGAUCAUCAGAGCGCAGGAGUUGGCAUUUACUUGCCAUGGUCUCACACGUCUAACAACGUAGGCGCUCUCCUUCAGCGUAAUUACCCCUACGGAAAUUGCAACGGUUACGGGCCUUUGCAACAGCAGCAAGCGACUUCGUCGGAAGAAAGGAGCGAUUCCGCCCAAUCCUAUGUCUCUUCUCCUCCGAGUUGCACGUCACUGAAUUCGCCAGUUGCCUCACCGAUUGCAGCUGCGAUUGCAGCAACUACGAACUUUACGUACAGCAGCUGCAGUAGCAGUCGUAGUAACAGUAACUGUAACAGCCCCGCUGCUCAACAGGCUCAACACCAAUCAAGCUAUCAGGAACUUUAUUCACCGCGUUUGCAACCUGGUGGUGGAACUAUGAAUGCACAUCAACAUCAGCUAGAACCUCCUGGAUCGAAUCCUGCAAGAGGUCUCACGACUUCAUCCGUCGAAGCCAAUGCUGCUCAAUAUUUUUACGGACACACAUCUUCUAUAGCAGGGAAUUCAGUGCCGGCUAAUGUGGUAGAUGGUUAUCAGCAACAUUCGUACUUGCCCUCUUCACCACCUACAUCUUCUGCCACCAAACCUAGUGUAGCGACCGCAGCUGGAAUUUUUUCAGGGGGUUUGGAGCCGUGGCUCAACUAUAUGUAAAUCUACAUAAAAAAUGAAAAAAUGAAAAAAACAAAACAAAGAAAGAGAUUAAGAAAGUGUGUGCUAGCUAGAAGAAGACUUAUUCAAAGGUAUGCAACGUUCAUUUUUUUACUGCCAACAAGAAAGCGUUCAAGACAAGCCUUUAAAAAACCAAAAAAUGAUGAAAGAACGUAGCGAAGAGGAUCACAGGGCAAUUGUGUCUAUGCGACAUGCAUAAACAUAAUCACACUUACAUUUGAAACCAGAAAUCGUCUAAUCGCAAGCGCUUUCUGCAACAAGCGUAAUAGAUUUAGCUUCAAUCGAGUACCGUUAAAGAACACAUUGGUCUUGCCGAUGAAAUUAAAUAGCAACAACAUCGUUCAAUCGUUGUCCUUGCAAUGUACAGAGAGACAGAAAAAUUCGAAAAUUUGAUUUUUCAUAACUUUCAAAGAUAUAGUAUAAACGAAUUUGCAAUAAAUAAAUGAAUAAAUAAUAAUAGUAAAAACAAAAAAAACAAAACAAACAACAAACAAACAAAAAACAGGAAAAAAACAGAGAUUAAUUUCCUCUCUCCUUUUUAAACACAAUUAAAUUUUUUUAUUAAGUCUAUACAGUCUACAGUAUUUAGACUGUUUCUGGUUUAUCGUGUUUUUUAAAUGUUCCCCUACCUCACCAUUUUUGGGAAAAAGAAAAGGUUCAUUAACUGAAAAAAGUAUUGCAGUGCUGAUAAAAUAAGCCUCCUUCAAAUCUUUUCGAGUCUUUCUGGCUUUCAAGCUUUUAAACAGACUUUCCUUAGGUUUAUCGAAACGCAGCAGUGUGUCAAAAUCUGUACAUACGCGCAUAUGCAUUUCUGUGUGGUGCUUUAUAUUUCCGAUCUGCUUUGCGUCGGUCAGCAUUCAUGUAGUAGAUGAUAAACCCUAUAACAGCUGUUAUUAUUUUACACUUCAAAUCCUGCCUUUAACAUAAAAAAAAAAAAAAACGAUAAUACGCCCCCCCACUCUUUGGCUAGGAAAUAAAUAGUUUACCAUGAAAUAAUAAAAAUUGCUUACUUAAUAAACUGUUUGUAAAAUCCAUGAAACCCAGGGAUUUAUUUUGUUUUUACCUCCUUACACGUUAUAAAGCGGUUGAUCUUUAAAGCCCAUUUUAACGGAAGCUAUUUGAAUCCUCUCGAGCCAAGUUAGGCCCAUUGAAAAUACUCCGACGAAAUCGAAAAAUGUUUGAUCGUUUCCCCGUAACAAUUGGAAAAUUCUUUGCUAUAUCCCAGAACCAAGGUUUAGCAUUUCAACUUGUAUGUAAGAUGUUUUAAUAAAUUUUCAUUCAAUAUUUCGUGAGCGUCCAUAAAUGAGAUUGGUGAAGGGUCACUUACCAAUGGGUUUUACGUCAUUGAUGAUCACUCAUUCAUGAUGCUUUUGUCUAUGUGUACCUCUUUCUGUAACUGAUUUUUGUAUAGUCCCGUUUGCGAUCCCACGAGGAAGAGAACAUUCAUGUCAACUGAAACCUGUAGCUUUUCUCUAAACCAAAAAUGGCCUGAGAAUGAUAGUUCCCCUGUAUACUUCAUGUGUCUGUUUGAUGGCAACUAUGUUGGUUUUUUCAAUUAAAAUUAAGAGUAAAUUCUUGUUAAGCACUUUCGUUUUCAGUGAACAAAAAAAUGAAUAUACGAAGAAUUUUUCCUGA